UUAUGGAAAACAGUGUGGCAUAUUCUGCUGAGCUUUCCCCGGGAAGAAGCAUUUUUAAAGAAUUUACUCAGAGAGGGGAGAAGCAACGGGUAUGUUAGUGUACAAUUAUCAAAGCUGCACAUGCCUGCAAGCUGCCCUUUCCACAAGCUUUUGACUGCUACCGCUUGCAAUUAGCUGAUUGGAGAAAGUGGAAUGCAGAGUGAUAAUGCUGCAUAUCUGCUAUCCGGAGCAGAAAAAGAUUCUGUCUUGGGAAGGCAAAGCUUUCUCCCGGUAUUAUCUCAGCAGCUCCCUAUUUGCUUAUCCUGAUCCCAAAGGAGGGUGUGUGCUCCCUCUGCUAACACCGGUCCUGUGCGUGGCUGUCGCACAUGAGCAGCAGGUUUUGAGAAAGCAGGUGUGUGCUUGAGUGGGCACUGGACUGUAACGCAGGCGGACGCUCUCGGGUUUACCUGCUUCCUGUUAACAGAUUGUUGGCUCAGAGAGCAUCUGCUUACACGCUGAGGCCGAGGCUGAGAAGGGGCUUCCGGGCAUCCCACUUGACUGUCAGAGACACUUGGAUUGGACUUAAUCUUAAACCUCUGGAGUUCAAGACCUUUUAAAAAGGGCUAAAUAAACAAUCUCUACAUGUAAAAGGAACUGACUCCUACUUCCUCUGAAUAGAGCAACUGGGAACUCAGCUGCCAGUAGGGUCACACCAUCUUCCAGGCUGUCUUCUAAAAUCUGGGUGGAAGGUUUCCUGACUCAGCAACUCCUGCAUUCUGCACACCUCUAAAACCAGGACCAUACAGAUGACGUCAAGGAAAACUGAAGACUUUACUAACAAACUCCCCAAGGUCAAAAUGAAUACAGCAAUGAAAACAACUUCCAGGGACCCUGCAGAUAGCGGUGGGUGUGCUCGCAAACGUGCUGCCAUGUCUGUUACGUUAACAUCUGUGAAGAGAGUUCAAAGUUCUCCAAACCUAUUGGCUGCAGGGCGUGAUUCUCAGUCCCCAGACUCAGCGUGGAGAUCUUACAAUGAUCGAAUCCAAGAACUGAAUGGAGAUGCUACAUAUUCCUCUCUUGCAGCAAAAGGUUUCAGAAGUGUUCGACCGAACCUACAAGAAAAAAAAUCUCCAACUCAGGCACCCCUUCCUCCCUCCUGGAAGGAGAGCUUUUGUAGCUGCUUGAUAACCAAUCACACACAGGGUGACAUUUUAGACUCAUCCGAAACAAACACAAAAACUCCCUCGUGUACAGAAUUGUUUACUAACAAAAAGCCUCUUCCAGGAACUAUGCACACUAAUGAUGAUUCUAACCCGACAAUUAUAUAUUCUGAAGAAUCCAACACAACUGUGUCAUAUACACAAAAAAUUACUAAUCCACUCCCGGGAGCUUCCAGCACAAGUCCUGCACCAUUUGCUGACAUCAAUACCCCAUUUCUACAAGAGAACUACAUGCGAGAUUCUCAAACGCAGAGAAUUUCCACCUUAAAACUAACCCAUAACCAGGAUCCGAGAAGCACCAUCCCCUUUCAUGUUCCACAGUUUUCUAACCCUGUUGAAGUUCCUUCAUUUCUCAAAAAACCUUGCUCACCACCCCCUAACCCAGUCCCUGAGGUACACACAGCAUCUCUUUCCAUUCAGAUAGCUCCUCUUUCAGGACAAGAUCCUGAAAGCCACAAACAGCUACCUGAGCUUUCUUCAGAGACUACAAAGAUACCUCUUCAGCAGGAGAGACAAAAAUCUGCAGCUGCUGCGACCUCUCAGUCCUCAGACUGCCCGCACUUAACUGCCAGUGUGUGGGCGGUAAAUGCUUCACAGACACACAGACAAACCACAUCAGAAGCCUCUUCUUCGUGCCCUUCUCCUGUGAUUCCAUUUAACCAAACCACCUUUUCACCAGGCAGUGGCUCCAGCCCAGUAUCAGCACCUGAUGAUCUGGGACCUUCAGGCCUGUAUAAGGCUCAGGGCUUUCCACACUAUUUAUAUAAAUACCCUACCCCAGCUCUUGAACGCCUUAUCCACAGCCAGGACACAGGCUCUCUCAGGACAGACUCCCCCCUCUCCGAGAGCGAGUCCUCCACAGCCAUUCUGGCUGAGCUGCAGAUGGGUAACUGUGACACCACUGACUGCUCUGAGACACCUUCCCCAACCUGGGGUCAGAGGUCUGCUGUGACAGAUGGCACCAUCUUAACCACCCCUGCUGCCACUCAUAGCCAGAUAACCGUGAAUGGCAACUCUGGCGGUGCUGUGAACCCAAUGAGUUACUACCAAAGGCCGUUUUCCCCUUCAGCCUACUCUCUCCCAGGCUCCCUCAACUCCAGCCUUAUCAUGCAGCAUGGCAGAUCCCUUGAUUCCUCAGAGACAUAUACCCAGCAUGCUCAGUCCCUGGAUGGCACCACAGGCAGCUCAAUACCACUGUACAGAUCCUCUGAGGAAGAGAAGAGGGUGACAGUCAUCAAAGCCCCGCAUUACCCAGGAAUUGGGCCUGUGGACGAAUCUGGAAUCCCUACGGCAAUUAGAACGACAGUCGACCGGCCUAAGGACUGGUACAAGACAAUGUUUAAACAAAUUCACAUGGUGCACAAGCCAGAUGAUGACACAGACAUGUAUAAUACUCCUUACACAUAUAAUGCAGGUUUGUACAAUGCACAGUAUAGUGCUCAGUCACACCCAGCUGCGAAGACCCAGACCUACAGACCUCUUUCCAAGAGCCACUCUGACAACGGUACCGAUGCCUUUAAGGAAGCAUCCUCUCCAGUGCCUCCCCCACAUGUUCCCCCAAGACCGAGAGAUCGAUCUUCAGCAGAAAAGCAUGACUGGGAUCCUCCAGAUAGAAAGGUGGAUACCAGAAAAUUUCGGUCUGAGCCAAGGAGUAUUUUUGAAUAUGAGCCUGGGAAGUCGUCUAUUCUGCAACAUGAAAGACCACCCCCUCUCCCCACAACUCCGACACCUGCUCCGACGGCACCUGGCCCGAAGCCUCUUUCCUCCUCGCCCCACGGAGAAGCCGCGCGUAGUCCCUCCCCUCCGCCCCGGAGUGGCGCCCCGGCACCCUCUCCCAUCCGGACUGAUCGCAUAAAUCCAGAUGACAUAGAUUUAGAAAAUGAGCCCUGGUAUAAAUUCUUUUCAGAACUGGAGUUUGGACGCCCGCCUCCUAAAAAGGCUCUGGACUAUGUUCAAGAUCAUUCUUCUGGUGUUUCCAAUGAGGCCUCCAUAUAUCAGUCCUCUGUAGACAGAAGCCUGGAGAGGCCCAGCAGUUCUGCAAGCAUGGCCAGUGACUUCAGGAAACGGAGGAAGAGUGAGCCUGCAGUAGGUCCACCCAGGGGCUUGGGGGAUCACAUUACAAGCAGGACCAGCCCCAGUAGGGCAGACCUCCCAGGAUCAAGCACCAUGAUGACAAAGUCUUUCAUUAGUUCUUCUCCUUCUUCACCCUCAAGAGCAAAAGGUGGGGAUGAUAGCGAAAUGUGUCCAUCCCUUUGCAGUUACUCAGGGCUCCAUGGCACCCCCUCCAGUGAGUUAGAGUACUGUAGUCCUUAUGGACAGCAUCUGGAUGUCCCAAGGGACUCACAAAGGGCCAUCACUUUCAAGAAUGGCUGGCAGAUGGCCCGGCAAAAUGCAGAGAUCUGGAGCAGCACUGAAGAAUCUGUGUCCCCCAAAAUCAAAUCCCGUAGCUGUGACGAUCUCCUAAACGAUGACUGUGAUAGCUUCCCUGACCCCCAAACCAAGUCAGAAAGUAUGGGCUCCCUGCUAUGUGAAGAGGAUUCCAAAGAGAGCUGCCCCAUGACCUGGGGUUCCUCCUACAUCCAGGAGGGUCGAGGUAACAGUAGAUCAAGGGCUAGGUACAGGUCAGCCCACAACGCCCCCGGGUUCCUAAAAAUGUACAAGAAAAUGCACCGCAUUAAUCGGAAGGACUUGAUGAAUUCAGAGGUGAUUUGCUCGGUGAAGUCGAGAAUAAUGCAGUAUGAAAAGGAGCAGCAACACAAGGGCCUGCUCCAAGGAUGGAGCCAGUCCUCCACGGAGGAGGUGCCCAGGGACAUGGUACCCACCCGCAUCUCAGAAUUUGAAAAGUUGAUUCAAAAGUCAAAAUCUAUGCCAAAUUUAGGAGACGAAAUGUUAUCUCCUGUUACCCUCGAACCACAACAAAAUGGUUUGUGUCCCGAGAGGCGAUUUUCCAUUGAGUCUUUGCUGGAGGAAGAAAAUCAAAGCAGACAUCCUUCUCAGGUUCAACGAAGCUACAAGUCUAAAGCCCUGGUGCCAAUUCACAUCGAAGUCACCAGCGACGAGCAACCGAGAACUCACACGGAGUUUUCCGACAGUGACCAGGAUGGAGUUGUGUCUGAUCACAGUGACUACAUCCACGUGGAAGGGUCAUCCUUUUGCAGUGAAAGUGAUUUUGAUCACUUCUCAUUCACAUCCUCUGAAAGUUUCUACGGAUCCAGCCACCAUCAUCACCAUCAUCACCAUCACCACCAUCGGCACCUCAUCAGCUCCUGCAAAGGCCGGUGCCCAGCCUCCUAUACUCGAUUCACCACAAUGUUAAAACAUGAAAGAGCUAAGCAUGAAAAUGUGGAGCAGCCCAGAAGACAAGAAAUGGACCCCGGCCUGUCCAAACUUGCAUUUCUAGUCAGCCCUGUGCCUUUCCGGAGGAAAAAAAAUGUGACUCCCAAAAAGCAGACUGAAAAGGCAAAAUGUAAAGCAUCUGUAUUUGAGGCUUUGGACUCUGCCCUUAAAGACAUCUGUGACCAAAUCAAAGCUGAAAAGAGAAGAGGAAGUCUGCCAGACAACAGUAUACUGCACCGUCUUAUCAGUGAACUGCUGCCAGAUAUUCCUGAAAGGAACUCAUCCCUUAAAGCUCUGAAAAGGAGCCCCACGCACCAGCCUUUCCCCCCGCUGCCUCACGAUGGUGCUGUUCACUGUCCGCUGUUCCAGACCGAUUGUGGGAGAAUGCCUCACAGUGCCUCUUUCCCGGAUGUGGACACACCCGACAACAGCUACCACCCCCAGGACCGUGACGGUGCGCUCAGUCUCCAAGACCGAGAGUCCCCCAGAAGUUACUCGUCCGCUUUGACUGACUUGGGGAGAAGUGCACCACGGGAAAGAAGAGGAACUCCAGAAAAAGAGAAACUGCCUGCAAAAGCUGUUUAUGAUUUUAAGGCUCAGACAUCUAAGGAAUUGUCAUUUAAGAAAGGCGAUACUGUCUACAUCCUCAGGAAAAUUGAUCCAAACUGGUAUGAGGGAGAGCACCACGGAAGAGUAGGCAUUUUCCCAAUCUCAUAUGUAGAGAAACUCACACCUCCUGAAAAAGCACAGCCUGCAAGACCACCUCCACCGGCCCAGCCUGGAGAGAUUGGAGAAGCUAUAGCCAAAUAUAAUUUUAGUGCAGACACGAAUGUGGAGCUCUCACUGAGAAAGGGAGAUAGAAUUAUACUACUUAAAAGAGUUGAUCAAAACUGGUAUGAAGGUAAAAUUCCAGGUACCAACAGACAAGGCAUCUUCCCUGUUUCCUAUGUAGAAGUUAUCAAGAGGAAUACAAAAUGUGCUGAGGAUUACCCUGAGCCUCCAAUACCCCACAGCUACUCUAGUGAUAGAAUUCACAGCUUAAGUUCCAAUAAGUUGGCUUCCAGUGAAACAGCCUUUCCUUCCACCCAUAAAAUGUCAUGUGGUUCAGAUGGAGGAGCCUUCCAGGGAAGGGCCCAGAAGUGGCUGUCCCUGACAAAUGGGUGUUCACCAGCAAACAGUUUGACCCCAAAGCCAUCUUCUUUUCUGGACAACUUCUUGGAUGAAUUAGGGAAAUUGAGUGCUUUAACCUUGUCAGCCAACCAAGCCAAACCAAUUGUCCUAGAGGAGACCGUUCUUGAAAUUAAGGAAGAGCCUUCUGCUCUCCUCCUGUUGCCUCCAACAUCUGUACCUGCAGGAUUAUCUCACUCUCUGCUACCUUUCUCCCACCCAAUUAUGACCUCGGCCACAGCCCAGCCUUACAAUGCAAGGCCACCUCAGGAUCCCAUAGAGACCACUCAAAACAAGUUUACAGAUUUGAAAAAGAUGAGACAGGGCUUUUCAGACCCUACAAAGGUUCUUGAAGUGCUAGGUGAUAAAUUUGUUGCCUCUGCAUACAGCAGUGUGGGUCCCUUGCCUAUAACCCUCCCUGUCAUUGGGGAGGAAGAUGAGGAAAGCAGUGAGGGAGUCCUGUCAGGCAUCCAGAGAUGGCAGCCAGAAUCUCAAGAACAAGAUGCCUUGUGGUGUGGCCAUGGUGGUAGAGAGGUGACACCAGAACUGCACAUUGAAGAGGAGAAAGAAGAGGAGAAUCCUGUCUGCUUUACAUAUCCAGUAGGCACCCCCACAGAUCCCAGCAUCUCUAAGGAAGACAGCACUGCGGCAGAAAACAGUAAUGAGCCACAGCGUCCUGUGUUUACUCAUGAAAACAUUCAAGGUGGGGGGGAACCGUUUCAGGCUCUGUAUAACUAUACUCCUAGGAAUGAAGAUGAGCUGGAACUCAGAGAAAGCGAUGUCAUUGAUGUGAUGGAAAAGUGUGACGAUGGAUGGUUUGUUGGAACCUCGAGAAGAACCAAAUUCUUUGGAACUUUUCCUGGAAACUAUGUCAAGAGGCUGUGAAUCACUCUCUCUCCUUAUUUAUGCCACAUUUCAGCAACACGUCUGCAUAAACUUGCCUGAAACAUCCACGCAGGCCUCUCAUCUCAUGCCUUAUGAUUUCCAAUAUGCUAUCACCAUCACCACCUCCUGUCACCAAACCGCUAGCACAGUAACUGCCGCUGUGAGCCCUGGGGAGACAUGGCAUCCAUAAGAAAGUAGAUCUUCCUGCUUUCUGCCCUAAACUUUGGAAAGUCAGUGUGGGGAUCAGAAAUAAAAUUAUUAUAUUUAAAAAGAGUAGAGUAGUUGAAAGAGAACAAAAGAAAGUCUCCAGGAGGCUCUCUGGUCUCAUGGCUAUAAUUCAACAUCUGGAAGAUAUUCCUCCCCCAGGCAACCAGAAGAUUGUUUAUUUCAAAAUGCAGUGGUUUGCAUAUUCACAUUCUUAGCUUGGCACCCUAUUUUCUUCUCACGAGUUUGCCUGGUGUCCUGGUUUACACUAUAUGACAACUGUACUUCAGCUAUCGUUUGCCUGCACUUAUAUGUUAUUAUAUGCGCAGUAAUUAUAAAACCUAAAGCAAGAGUAGGAAAGUUAAUUCAUAUGGGUGUGAUUUUGUUGAUUGAAUGUAAGUUUUCAAACAGGAGUCUUUUCCUGCAAUUUUUUGUACUUUUUAGAAGUACAAACAGUGAGUGAAUAAGAGAGCCUUUGGUAAUUAUCAUGAGGAUAAAGGAUUAGGUAGACUACAGAAAAAUUAUUGUGUUGUAAAGUUGCAUUGCUAUUUUAUAUUAAAAUGUAAUAAUCAGCAUCAUGAGCUCUUAGUGUUUUAUUUAUCUGAUAAAAUUUAAAUAAAAGCAGUGUUAGUGAGAGGUGCAAAGUACUAUUCUAACAUAGACACUUGAAAAUAUCCGUAAGCAAUAUUAGUAGGUGAGAUUUCACUGUGUGUACACAUACACAUUUGAGAUUGUAUGAGAACAUAUAAUCCAUAUGAUAUGUUGUACCUUUUAUGGAAAUGUAAAAGAAUACUACAUACUAUUUUAUAGAAAUAGAGUACUUCAGAAGCAUCACAAGUAUUAAGGCUGGUUUUAGCAAGGAUUAUGGUCAAUACAAUUAUUUUUACUAUGAUAAUUAUUUUUCUUCUGUGGAACCCAGAAUCCUGGCUACAUUUGAGAACAGGAAUAUGUUGAGCCUGAUUUUCCUGGUGUAUGUAAAAUAUUUCCUAGGAAUAAAUUGGGCACUUUUUAAAGACUGUUAAAUCAUUCAGGUUAUUUUUUUUUUCCUGCCCUAAAGCAGAGCCUGAAAG